AUGACGGACAUGUGGAACGACGAGCGGGCACGAGAGGGAUAUAUGGAUUUGGGUCGGGAUAGACAUGUGGGGAGUGGACGCACCCCCGCAGGAAUAGGGAACGGAAUGUACGAUGGGUGCGCUGGAGAUGGAGAUGGACUUGGGAAGAAUGCGAGCGGGGACGACAAAGCGUUUGACUUGUCAGGCAUUGGGGAUAGUCAGGAACGAGGAGGACCAUGGGAUCUGAGCCUUUCAGAUGGAACGACUCCUAGGGCGGAUGAUGGGAUAUCAGGGCCUUCGAGUGUUUUUGGCGGGGUUGUCGAGGAAGAUAUGUUAGCCGGAGACGGCUGCCUGGAGGAAUCGCAUCAUGGACGGAGCGACUUGGGAUAUGCUCGGAGAUCGGAUGAUGUUGGGAUAGCAAACAAUGGAGUUGAUAGAUGGGAUCCUUUUGGUCCUGAUGGAGACGGCGGAGAUCGGGAUACUCUUGGGAUAGGUGCGCGAGUUCAUGGGGAUAGUUGCGCCGAUCGAUGGGUGAAGGAUCCUCAAGGUCUUGAUGGACACGAUGCGCGAGUUCAUGGGGAUAUUCGUAGAAGUGAUGCGGCGGCGGAGCUGGGAGAUAUGCGAGAUGAACGCGUUGAAAGGAUCAUGAGGGUGGGGAUAGACUCGGAACAACAUGGCCCAAAAAUCCCUGGAGAGCCCAGAGAGGUCUCGGGACGACCUGGCUCAAACUUCCCUCAAGAGUCCAGAGAGGUCUCGGGACGACCUGGCCCAAAAUUCCCUCAAGAGCCCAGAGAGGUCUCGGGACGACCUGGCUCAAACUUCCCUCAAGAGUCCAGAGACGUCUCGGGACGACCUGGCCCAAAAAUCCCUGGAGAGACCAGAGAGGUCUCGGGACGACCUGGCCCAAAAAUCACUGGAGAGCUCAGAGAGGUCUCGGGACGACUUGACGGGCCGAAGAAGAAGGAGCAGACCAUCGCUAAUGUGGACGAGUGGGGCAAUGAUCGAAGUGGUGGCGAUGGGAUAGGGCUGGGGAGUAUGGGUGGCGCAAAGGGGAUAGAGCUCGGAGCGAGGAACGCAGGAUUGAGCAUUGGGUGGAAUAGCAUCGACCACAGCAGUGACGUGAUGUUGGCAUUUCUUGAGGGUCGAAGAGUGGAACAACGCCAGGGGACAGGGAAUAGGACGAAACAUUCGGCCGGUCCAGAAGGUGGUGCAGUCGACGUUGGGAUAGUGUUGGAUAGACUGAAUGGGAACGCGCCGCUAAAUGGGAGAAUAGGAGACAUCAGCCAAGGAUCUUCGGACAUAGCAAGGUCACCAAAGAUUGAUGCUGGGACGAGGGCCAAGAAGAUGGAAUAUACGAUAAGUACCCCUCCCCCGCAACCCCCGAACGGGAUAUCGCAUGAUGCCGCCGCAAGGGGAAAUGGAAUAUCGGAAUAUGAAGGGUGUGAGGGCAGAGUUGAUGCGAUAGAAGGAGUGACUAUAGACAUCAGGAACGCGACCACGGAGAUGAAUGACGAGAUACGGGAUGGGCUCAGGAGGAUCCACGAUAGACUGGAUGAGGUUGAAGAGAAGUCCAUAACCCAACGUGCCGAGAUGAUUGAUGUCGAACGCAAUGUGCAACGGCAAUUGAAUGAUAGCAUUCGGGAUCUACGGAGCUGGAUUAGAGAGGAGUUGACAAAGGCUGUGGAACCAUUGGGCCGCGAGCGUGGAGAGGCGAGCGAAAGCGCCAAUCAUGUUGAGCGGGACGAGUUUAAAGAGAUAGCGAAAAGCGUUGACAGGAUGAGUUCUCGUGUGAGGUUUGUCGCGGGCGAACUCAAGCAAAUGAAAGGGACGAUGGAUGUAUCGAUGUCGAAGAACAUCGCGGAGCCUCUGCAACAGAUUCGUGAGAGUAUCAAUGGGAUGACGAGUGAUAUAGGCACCGUGAAGGGGAGAGUUGAUGCCACGGAAAAGCUGAUUGAGAAGAUGGGCAAGGAAUAUGCGGAAAUCAUGGACGAGAACAAGCAGCUGAGGGAUAGAUUACGCGUGGUAGAAUACAGUAGUCGGGACCGCGGGAAUAUCGCGAGGAGCACUGAUAGAACUGACAACAAUUGCGCUGACGAUGGGGCGCGGAGCACAUGUGUCAGGAUCGCUGGGAGGAUUGAUGGAAUAGAGGCAAAUGUCGCGGAGAUGGCCAAGAUGCUUCGGCGUGUGCGGGAUCAGCAGGCGAAGGACGCAAAAACAUUCGUUGCAUCCGUGAGGAUCAAAGAGUUGGAAGUCAUGGUUCAGGAGAUGCGUGAAUCGAUAGCGAAGAUGCAAAACACGAAUGCGGCGGACAAGGGCGAAUGGAGGGAGUAUAAAACCCAAACGCAGAGAAGAAUCGAACAGCUCGAGAACGAGAACGCGCGGCUCAGGACCAUGCAGGAGACGCAGGAGGGUCUCAUCACGGAGCUCACUGAACGGAUAGAUGCGGCAACAAAACGGAACAACAUCGAGGCGGAGAUGAGCGCAAUGCGGUAUAGAGUAGCUGAAGUGGAAAAGACGUGCGAAGAGCAGCGUAGAAUGCGUCAGGCACUACAGUGUGGAGACGGUCAUGGUGGCGUUGAUCCUGAGUUGAGGCGACGGGAGUAUCUAGGGAUAGUAUACCAGUGCUUUGAUAUGAUCCUUCCUGAGGAGCCCAAUCCGGCGAAUCUACACACGUGGCUUGGGGAAGUGGCCCGGGCGGUGAAAAGCGCGUACAUUUACGACGGGGAGUACGGAUACUCCACGAUUCUGCGUGUUAGGGAUAUGAGUGAAAGCGAAUUGGAUAGACCAUUGAAGUAUGCGGCGUUGGAAAACAAGCUAUGGGAAGGGCUGCGGAAUAUGAUCAAAUCAACGAGUCUGGCCAGUAAAGUGCAGGGGGAGAUGUUCAAGCGAACGGUUGGGCGAGAGACAAUGUCGGCUAUGAGGCUACUAAGCAUGGUGGUGAGAUUUUACAGCGUUUCUCCCAAUAGGGAGCAGGAGGUGUUGAACGAGGCCUUGUCUUGUACUGCGUGUGAGAAAUACUCAGGUCAAUGCGAGGUGGAUAGUCUGGACGUUUUCAUGGACAAAUGGGAUAGUGUGCGCGUGCGGGUUGAAGCGACGGGGCGAGGCACAUGGUCCGAUGAGCAACUGGGGGAUAUCCUGCAUAGUAAGGCGGACGUGGCGAACGGCGCAUUGAUGUUUGAGAACGGGGAGACGCGGAAGCCCGGUCAGUACGCUUGGUGGUGGCUUGAAGCUCGCACGGGAAUAGGAUGA